AUGGACAUUGGUUUAGGACAAAACACAACAAGUGAAGAAAUAAAAGUAGGUGUAGUUCUUGAUCUCAAAACAAACUUUUCCAAGAUCUGCCUCACUUCUAUUAACAUGUCAUUGUCCGAUUUCUACCAAACUCAUUCUCAUUACCGCACAAGACUUGCGCUUCACAUCAGAGAUUCCAUGGAAGAUAUUGUUGAGGCAUCAGUUGCAGCAGCCUCUGACCUAAUCAAGAAGGAGCAAGUGAGAGCUAUCAUCGGACCAAGAAGCUCUAUGCAAGCCGAGUUUAUGAUUAAACUGGCCAACAAAUCUCAAGUACCGACCAUCACUUUCUCUGCAACGAGCCAUCUUCUUAAAUCUAUCGACAAUCCUUACUUCGUCCGAGCCACUAUCGACGACUCAUUCCAGGUCGAAGCCAUUGCGGCCAUUGUCAAAUCAUUUAGGUGGAGAAGCGUCGUUGCCAUUUAUGUGGACAACGAGCUAGGUGAAGGAAUCAUGUAUUCCUUGUCAGACGCUUUAGAAGAUGUGGAAGUCCAAAGAAGUGUGAUCUCUCCAGACGCUAACAAUGAUCAGAUUCAAAAGGAACUUUGUAAGCUCAUGACAAAGCAGACAAGGGUAUUCGUUAUGCUCAUGGACUCAAGUCUAGGCUUCCGGGUUUUGAAGAGAGCUAGAGAGAUUAGAAUGAUGGAGGAAGGGUAUGUGUGGUUACUCUCAAAUGGAAUGACACAUAUGAUGAGACACAACGGUCGUAGCUUAGAGACUAUGCAAGGCCUGUUAGGUGUGAGGAGUCACGUCCCUCAAUCUAAAGAGCUUGAAGAUUUCCGUAAGAGAUUCAAGAAGGAGAACCCCGUGGGAGAUGGUACUGACCUUAACGUUUUCGCAUUAUGGGCAUAUGAUUCGGUCACUGCAUUGGCCAUGGCCGUGGAGAAAACCAACACAAAGACGUCUAUGAAGACCUUUGGGGACCCUUCCUACGGUCCACAUCUUAUAGAGGCUCUCUCGGAUGUAGAAUUUAAGGGUUUGGCAGGAGAGUUCAAACUCAUUAACAGGCAGCUCGAGUCAUCAAAUUUUGAGAUCAUAAAUGUUAUUGGAGAUGAAGAGAGGAUUAUUGGAUCAUGGACACCAAGCACUGGACUUGUGAAUCUAAAUUCAAAUAAAACGACAUCAUUUUUAGGCAAGAGGUUUGGGCCAGUAAUAUGGCCAGGGAACUCGACCAGUGUUCCAAAAGGUUGGGAGAUUCCAACAAGCGGGAAGAAGUUGAAAGUGGGUGUUCCAGUAAAUAAAGGAUUCCUCAAUUUUGUGGAGAUAAAGACAGAUCCUAUCAGUAACGUAACAACCACAAAGGGUUAUGCCAUAGACAUCUUUGAAGCUGCUCUUAAGAAGUUACCAUAUCCAGUCAGUCCUGAAUACUACGGUUGCGAGUCUAGCUACAACGAUUUGGUCCACCAAGUCUAUGAUGGGAAGUGGGAUGCAGUUGUUGGAGAUAUAACCAUCAUAGCAAACAGGUCCUCCUUUGUUGAUUUCACGUUACCGUACACAGAGUCUGGAGUGUCUAUGAUUGUGCCGCUGAGGCACAACAAGAACAAGAACGCAUGGGUGUUCCUAAAACCUUGGAGCUUAGACCUAUGGAUCACCACUGGUUGCUUCUUCAUCCUCAUUGGGUUUGUUGUGUGGCUGUUCGAACACAGAGUCAACACGGACUUCCGUGGACCACCUCACCACCAGAUCGGCACUAGUGUCUGCUUCUCCUUCUCCACAAUGGUUUUUGCACACCGAGAGAAGGUAGUGAGCAAUUUAGCAAGGUUUGUGGUGGUGGUGUGGUGCUUUGUGGUACUUGUGCUCACUCAGAGUUAUACAGCGAAUCUCACCUCUUUUCUGACUGUACAAAGUUUGCAACCAACAGCCACAAAUGUGAAAGAUCUCAUCAAUAAUGGGGAGUCUGUAGGGUACCAUGAAGGCACAUUUGUCCACGAUUUUCUAAGAGAUCUGAACUUUCCUGAAUCACAGCUCAAGCCUUUUGCUUCUGCCGAAGAAUGCGACGAUCUUUUGUCGAAAGGGACAUCGAGAGGUGGUAUUGCAGCAGCUUUUGAUGAAGUUCCAUACCUUAUGGAUAUCAUCUCUCAAUACUGCUCCAAAUAUGCAAUGGUUGAACCUUCCUUCAAGACUAAGGUAGUGAGCAAUUUAGCAAGGUUUGUGGUGGUGGUCUGGUGCUUUGUGGUGCUUGUACUCACUCAGAGUUACACAGCGAGUCUCACCUCUUUUCUGACUGUUCAACGUUUACAACCAUCAGCCACAAAUGUGGAAGAUCUCAUCAGAAAUGGGGAGUCUGUAGGGUACCAACAUGGCACUUUCGUCCGUGGUUUUCUAAGAGAUCUGAACUUUGCUGAAUCACAACUCAAGUCUUUUGGUUCUGCGGAAGAAUGCGAUGAUCUUUUGUCCAAAGGAACAUCGAAAGGUGGUAUUGCAGCAGCUUUUGACGAAGUGGCCUACCUUAAGGAUAUCGUUUCUCAAAACUGCUCAAAAUAUGCAAUGGUUGAACCUUCCUUUAAGACUGUUGGUUUUGAACCUUCCUUCAAGACAGCUGGUUUUGGCUUUGCAUUUCCCAAGAAUUCGCCUAUGACAAAAGAUGUGUCAAUCGCCAUCUUGAAAGUGACUCAAGGCAAAGAAAUGCGACGCAUCGAGAACAAGUGGUUCAAACGUCACCCUAGUGAAUGUCCUGAUCCAAGUACCGAUCUUUCAUCUAACCGUCUCAGCCUCAGUAGCUUCUGGGGGCUGUUUCUAAUAGCAGGCGUUGCUACAUUCUUGGCAUUUCUCGUCUUUGUAGCCCGCUUCUUGUACGAACAUAGGCACACGCUAUGCAAUGACUCCGAAGGUUCCAUGUGGAGAAAGUUAAAGUCUUUGUUCAGAAUCUUUAAUGAGAAAGACACAAAGUCGCACACUUUCAAGAAUAGUGCCGUUCAUAACGUGAGUUCACCUAUUAAUUCUCAGCGCACUCCGAGUCCUUCGAAUGUUCAGAUAAGACCAUUGCCACGAUGCAUGUCAUUAAACAGGGAGUUAGAGCUAAGAAGAGCAUGUUUCUCCAUGAGUGAAGAACAUUUCAGAACGCAACCAAAACAUAAUAAACGUGGAGAAUCUGAUAUUGAAUCUGGAGCUGAACGACAAAGAGAAGUUAAACAAACUCUAUAG